UACACCCACAAAAUGGCGACCGGUGACGAUUUCACAAAAUCUAUCGCUGAAGGAUCAGAGGAGAUUUUCGACACGUGUUGUUCACCGUGUUUGGAAUCUGGAAGGACAAAAGAAGCGGAUAAAUUCUGUGUUGAUUGUGGAACAUAUUUCUGUGCUAAAUGCCUGUUACAUCACAACAAAUUUCCGGCGUUAAGAUCGCACCAGAUUUUAGACAAGUCCGGACAAGACAAACAAAAGGAAAACUACGAAACUGGAGUGAGCCUGCCGACAGAACGAUGUUCAAUCCACCAUGGAAAAUUAGUUGACAAGUUCUGUAAAGACCAUGACGAAGUGUGCUGUGCAGCUUGCAUUGCUAUAAAACACAGGGCAUGUGUAAAUAUUGACUAUCUUCCCGACAUUUCAAAGGGUAUAAGAGACAGUGCGGAUUACAAGGACAUCAAACAUUCACUUCAAAAUAUUCUUUCUCAGAUGAAACAGGAAAGAGAAGCAAGAAAAUGUAAACUGAAUGAUCUUGAGAAGCAAAAGGAUAAGUUGUUAGAAGACGUAGAAAGCUUCAAAGAAGAACUUAUCAAGAGGAUAAUAGAGCUUGCCGACACUUCAAAGAAUCAAAUACGUUCGAAGUAUGAAGGAUGUAAGAAGGUCAUACAGUCAGAUUUAAAUACUCUAGAUACUGUUAUUUCAACAACGACAACGAGUGAAAAGAAAUUAUCCAGUAAAAACGACGCGCAAUUGUUUGUGAAUAUUAAAACAUGCAAAGAUUCAAUAAAGGAUUGUGAAGCACUUUUUAGGGACAUGUCAAUCGUUAGGACAAAUGAAGAACUGAAGUUUGUGUCAAAUCAAGGCCUAAAGAAAAAUCUUGAUUCACUGGGAUGUGUAGUUGUUGUUGAAGAAGAUAUUAAAGAAUACAAAGCAACAUUGUAUGGAAAAUUCAAGAUUGAUCCACAGCACUGUCAAAUAACUGGUAUAUGUACUAUGGAUGACGGAACGUUCGUGAUUGCCGAUUAUACACAUUCAAAACUGAAGAGACUGAACGAAAGCUUCACGGUCGAAGAUCAUAUUAAGGUUGAUGGGAGUCCGUAUUCAGUAUGCAGAACAGGGCCAAACGAAGUUGCAACAUUUCUUAAUGAUAUAAUGAAGAUACAAUUUGUGUCUAUUGGACAAAAUAUGGAACUAAAAACAGCAUUUGAUGUCGGCAGAUCAGCAAUCGGGGUUUCCUAUGAUGUUUUACAAAGUUCCUUGUUGGUUUGCGGCGGAAAUCAAGUUUCUGUUUAUACAAAAUCAGGAGUGUUGUUAAAAACAUACGAUAAGAAAGAAAAUGGUGACAAACUGUUCAAGUCAGCUACACAGUUGGCGUUUAAUACACAAAAUCAGUUCAUGUUCGUCACUGAUUAUAGUGAUGGAAAUAUUAAAGCUUUGGUCAAGGACGGUAAGACCAUUUGGACAUUCAGUGAUCCAGAGUUAAAACAGCCUUGGGGAGUAUGUGUCUUGCCGGGUGAUAUUAUCUUGGUGAUCGGAUUUGGUUCCCACAACGUAUUACAGAUUGACAAGGAAGGCAGGAAGAUUGGAGAGUUGGUAGGAGUUUCCGAGAAAUUAAACAAACCGUUCGCUUUGGCUUUUGACAGUAAAAGCUCAAGACUGCUAAUAGGAAGCAGUUCAAAUGAAAUACACGUGUACACAUUAUCUAAAGAAUAAGUUUUGCUGUACCUAUGUCACGUUUACACAAUCAAAACUAGUAAAUUAUUGACAUUAUGCUAAUAAACAUUGACUGCUUUGGAUAGCAAACCAUUUUUUUCUACAAUGUUAUUGGCAUUUUUGUGUUCGACAAAAUGAAGUUAUUUAAACACAGGAGUAUAGGUCUAAACAGCUUAAGCCGAUUUGUCAUAUCAUAUCAAAGACACAGAGUCAACAUUUAUUUCAAUUUUAAUUCUGACACACUAUUUUCUGAUGUAUAAACUGUUGAUUAUUUUCAUCUAAAAUGCAAUAAUUACAAUAUGACUUCGAUAUGUAAAUUACGUCC